AGCCAAAACUGCACUUUGCAUUUAAGAUUAAAAAAAGCUUUUUUUUUCUGUAAAUAUUUUCUACCCAGAACUUUUCAAGUAGCAUAGUUUUAGCUACACCUGGUUAAAAUGAUAUAUAUAAAAAAUGUCUAUAUUAAUAACCUUUUCCUAUCCAAUUAUUAACUGGUUAAUCCAAAAAUCAGCCCUAUUUUAUCAUAAAUGAACCCAAGGGAGUGCUAAAUUUUAAUAACUGCUGUGCACUGACUCUGAAAUAUGUGACAUGCAGAAGGAUCACGCUCAUGAACACGAUGGGUUAGAUCAAAACAUACCCAUAUGGAAUACUGGUCCAGUCAAAGAAAAGACUUAAAUAUAAGUCUUUAUUUAUAUUCAAGUAAAGACUUACUUAACCCUAGAAACCUAGGGUUAAGUUUGUAGUUUGAAGGUGAAAAAAAUCAGAAAAUGUGUUACAGUUUGAAUAAAGAAACAUAAAAUCUGUAAAACAAAAUGACACCUUAACUUUAACAACAUGGCCCAGUGUGCGUUUGCUUACAUGCUCAUGGAUGACAUAAAACAUAAACUAUUGCUUUACAUUCAUUCUAGGAUUUAACUGCAUUUGUUGUUAUGUUCUGUUUGUUGCCAUUGUUUACAGGAACAUAAAGGAUCAGAGUUUCUCCAUAUAUUAAUAAGCAGUAUAUUGCAACAUGUUCAAAAACAAAAUCCACUUGUGUUUGUAGGACGGGCUUGAGAAACGGAUCUCUCUCGCUGAGGCACUAAAAAUGGUAGUUUGUUAGAUUUUACGGAUUCUAAAUCAGUCUUUGGGUUCAGAGCUGACUUUAUAACUUGCUCACUAGCAUUUCCUAAAAGCAACUAUUCAGUCCUUCCAGGAUGUUGGGACGUUUUUGAUGAUUGUUGUGGUCUGAAAUUGUAGAUUUUGUGACACCUUUAUCAAAAUAUUGUGGUCAAAGUUGCAUUUAAAAAAAAUAAAGUUUAAAUAGCUGCACAUAACCUUCCCAGGUUAUGUGGGUUUUUAACAUAGUUAAUACUUAAAGUGCAAAUUACAUUUUCAAGUACCUUUUUUAAGUAGCACCUUAAUGCAAAUCAAAUCCUGACCUGAGGAGUUGUGGUGUUAACCACAAGUUAACAUGAAGUGUUUACACAGUAGAAGCAAAUCCUACAGAACAUCUCAAAAUGGGUUUUGCUACAAAAAAUACGGCAAACGUUACAGCUUAUUCAUGUUACACAGGAUUUCAUUUUGCGACUUCGUCUUUCAAGAGACGUUGUGAAACAGGAAGUUAAAUUAGAAGGGAAUUGAGGGGAUUGGUUCAAAUUCAUUUGCAGCGUUUGGUCAGAAACCAACAGAAAACCUUAGUGACUGGUCAGAUUUGCGGAAAAUUUCCAAUGACUUGUGAAAAUUGCGAAUGAUGAGUGAAUUUGCACUAAGUUGCGAUCUCAACUUCCAGGAGGGACUGACUAGCUUACCACACACUGAGACGUGAUGAAGCCAAGACGCGGUGAACACAGUGUAGGGGAACCCAGUCCUAACCCAGCGACUGGAACUCAGCAGAGCCUAUUAGAACAGUCAGCAGGUCAAGGAAUCUGCAGUUUAACCGGCUCAGUCAGGUGUGUGAGAGGCUUCCUGUGUAUCGUAGUCAGUACGGGUUACCUUGGUUCCAGGGCGCGGUGUCGCAGAUCCCACCUAUCUCUGGGGCUUCUCUGCGGGACAUUCUGGACUCUCUGAUACUCUCUAUUGUAGGUGGAACCAAGCCUCUGCCUCUUACCCCCACCUCCCUUCAUCCUUUUUCAUUCUAUCAGUUCUGGUCCAUUUUCUCUCAUCUUCAUCAGCUCAAUGAAAUGUUCUCUCCAAUUGCUGAUGGAUUCUUCAUUUCUUCCUGAUUUCUUGGUUUCACCCAGGCAUGUGUUUGAGAGACUCCUCACAGUCUCUUGUUGUCUCUGAAAGAAAAACAAGGUCAUGAAGAACUGUUCAUUGUGAAAUGUGGUGUGGCGAUCUGAUACUGUCUACUGUGGAGCAAAUAGUAUUACAAAUUGAUCUAUUACACAGAGCAGUGUUGUAGUACUCGAAAACGGUCUUGGUCUCGAGACCGGUCUUAAGACCAUUUUUUGAUAGUCUCGGUCUUGUCUCGGACUCGACCACAUUCGGUCUCGGUCUUGUCUCGGUCUCGGACAUUGAGGACUCGGUAUUUUAUUUCAAGACCGGUCAAGACCACAACUGUGAAAAUAACGCUAAAUCAUCAGUAUCAAUUUCUUUAAGAUCCUUCUUUUUAUUGGAUGCACUCCUGAUUCAAAUUAAAGCAAUAACCCGUCUCAUUGGUAAAUGCAUGUUGUUGUUUUUUUAACUGCUGUCGCCCCCCCCCUUUCACCUUGAGCGCGGACUGCAGCACUUCGAUUGAAAGUUACAAGUGGUUGUCUGAGAAGGGGAUAAGAUGUCGGCCAAAUCAUCGGUUAUAAAAUUUGGCUAUUUAAAUCACAAACAAUACAUUUGUAAAGCAACAUUGAGAAAAAAGCAUACAGCGCAAUGUAAGUUCUGCAGUGCUUCACUAUCAGAGACGGUGGGGACUACGUCCAACUUUUAUCGACACCUUGAAAGAAAGCACAAAGAAAGGUAAGCUGUGUGUAAAAGUGAUAUUAGGAAAGCUAGCAAGUUAACGUAAGCAAUUUCCUCGGUAUCAAAAUUAUUCUACCCGGCCAUCACACAGUUCUUAUUUCAAUAUUAGCUACACAUAUUAAGUUAGCUAAAGUUAUAUAUGUAUGCUUUAUCUUUUAGGGUGAAUGUUCUCCUUUCUUAUCCGCUAUUUGCCACCUAGCUUGAUGCACAAGUUGUCACCUAGUAGUGUUUGUGAAAACAUGUCGGACAUUACUGAUUUAAUUUAAAGAAGUGUUGAUUCGUGUUGUGCAUGGACAACGCUGUUUCAAUUACAGCUUUCCUGAACAUGUCUCCGUAUUUCUGUCGGCUUCAUGAGUGGAUUGCAGCACAUAGGUGGAAGCAGAGCAAAAAUAAAAGUCUGAAUAGAUAAUCGUAAUAUAUUUUGGUUCUUGUUCAAUACUUCUCAUGAAGGAGAAGACUGAUGUGGAAGUCUCUACCUAUGUUUAUUAAUAACCAUAAUAAGGUGACGUACGUAACCAUGACAGAACAAUGGUUCGUAAUGGUUCUGUCAAUAAGUAACCAUGACAGAACGUAAUGGUUCGUAAUGGUUACGUUCUGUAACGUAACCAUGACAGAACGUAAUGGUUCUGUCAGCUUGUGCUGGCUUGUGCUGGUGGGUAACCCCAAUGUCUCCAAAGCCAUCAUAUAUAAUUUAUUAAUGUGCCAAACCUGAUAUGUUUAACCUUAAAUAAGUUGUAUUUUCUUGCAUUGGUCCUACAAUUAACAUUAUUAAGGGAAGUAAGCAAAUGCAGUUAACCUUGAGAGACUGAGUCGACUGGACAUAUAAUAACAUCCUGUUCCUAAGUUAGAUUUUUUCUUUCUCAUGAAAAACAAUUAUGAGACAGUGAAUGAAUUCAUUCACUGUCUUAUAAUUAUGAACUAAGGUCAAUGUAAGUUACACUGACCUUAGGAGCUGGAUAUAGCUCCUGACAUUGAAGAUAAGACGUGGAGGUGAUGCUCUGUUGUUUGGCUGUGGGAACUAGUCUAUAGAUAUAAGCAGAGAGUGAAGAGACUAAUAUGCCUCACCUUAUGAAAAAUUAAUAAAUUAGUUGCUUUGUAUGGAUAUAGGCAAAUUACUUUUAGAAACCACAUUGUUAUGUUGCCAUUUACAAUUUCAGGUCAAUAAGUAACUUUUUACCAGUUCACUCUCUAUGGUUCAUACCAUAUCAGUCAUUUAACUUACUUGUUUAUCCAUUUCAAAAAUGUGAUGGCCAAAAUACCAUUGAUUUGCAUUUUGUUUAUCUACAUGCGUUUCUAGUAACAUUACAUUACACAUAUUUGACAUGUAUUUGUAAAGUUCCUACUUAUUUUUAAGGUUGUUUUCUUAUGUAAUUGAUGUUCAUAUGAUCAGAUAAACUGAUUUCUAUGUCCUAUUUAUUAGGUUCCUGGAAUACAAGGCAGGGCAACAGAGUGAUGUCACACAGCCAACAAUAUCGUUAUUUACACAGAAAGUGCAGCUCUACAGCCCACAAUCGCCAAGGCAGCAAGCCAUCAGUGAAGCCAUUGUUCAAGAUUUGAUCAUUGGAUGUUGUCUGCCCCUCUCCCUCGUGGAAAAUGGACACUUUAAACACUUUCUUGAAGUCCUGGACAGUAAAUACACACCAAUCUCUAGAAAAACAGUUUCUGAGAGACGAAUUCCAGAAUUGGUCAGAAAAGUCAAGGAAACUGUCUUGGAGAAACUGAAGACCCAGUCGUCUGUGUCAUUAACAACUGACCUUUGGUCUGAUCGCAGGCUACGCUCCUUUCUUGGGGUGACUGCCCAUGUGUGCUACAAAUCUAAAGAUUGCUAUGCACUUGAAACCUACCUGCUGGACUGUAGGCGUUUUACAGGGAGGCAUACUGGAGAGCACAUUGCGUCUGCCUUUGAGGAGAUCACUGAGGAAUAUGGUAUUCGUGACAAAAUUAGCUAUAUCAUAACAGACAAUGCACCCAAUAUGAAAUGUGCUUUCAAAGUACACAUGCCCCAGCAGCAAUCUGAUGACAGUGAGAGUGAAGAGGAUAAUUUAGAUGACGAGCACUUGUGGGAGGACAUUAAUUCAGAGGAAGACAUUGACUUACCAUGGUCAUCUGGUGAACGUCUUUCCUGCUUUGCACACUCUCUCCAGUUAGUUGUGCAUGAUGGUAUGAAGGAGGUCAAGACCAUUUCUCGCACCAUAGCAAAAACGUCAAAGUUCGCAACCCUUUUACAUAGCAGCUCACAAUUUAAAGAUAAGUUUGAGGCUGCAUUUGGCACCAAUAAAAGUGUUCCAGCUGCAAAUACAACUCGUUGGAACAGUACAUUUAAACAAGUACAGGCCCUUACAACUCUAGAACACAAAUCACUCAGUGAAAUGUGCAACAAAGACUAUGAGGAUGUCGUGUUCAGUGCGCGGGAGUGGAACCAGCUAAAGGAGCUAUGUAUAGUUCUUUCUCCAUUUGCUGAAGCAACAGAGCUGACCCAAGGGGAAAGAUCAGUGACUAUUAGUAUGGUGGUUCCAACUGUACUGGACUUGAACACACACCUCCUCAAGAUGGAGGAGACCCGAAUGCAGUGCCGGCCGUUGGUCAGAGCCCUCCAGCAGUCUCUGGUGAAAAGAUUUUCUGGAAUCUUUACAAAAACAAACAUGGCCAAAGACAGUGGAAGAGAGGAACCUUUUAACCAUGAUGUGUACUUCUUUGCUGCCAUGCUGGAUCCACAGUUUGGCUUAAGCUGGGUGGAUUUAGAUGUUACCAACGGAGGUAAUGCAGCAUCGGUGAAGAAGUUCAGAGAUGAACUUAAGAAGACACUGACAGACACAUUGAUCUUUGGGGUGGAGAACAUGGAGAGUACAGAUGACAAGUGCUCAGAAGCCAUGAAUGUGGAUCCAACCAGUCAUUCGCCACCAGCCAAAUGCCCUCGACUUCUGUCACGCUACAAGGCACAUAAGAAGCACAGCUCCUCUGUCCAGAAUUCAAGUAUUGCAACACAAUUAAACAGAUACUUUAAUGAUAUAAGAGACUGUGACAGUGACAAUGCUCUUGCCUUCUGGGGAGAAAACCAGUCCAAAUAUCCUCAACUGCACAAUUUGGCUUUGAAAGUGCUAUCCGUCCCUGCCUCCUCUGCACCAGUGGAAAGGGUUUUUAGUCGAGGAGGCAUUGUAAUGAGACCCCAUCGUGCACGUUUAGGUGCAAAAAUGCUGCAGUCUCUAAUCUUUCUGAAGUGCAAUGAAACCUUACUUUAAACUAAUUUUAUGUAUCACCUACUUUAUUUCAACCACUGUUCAACUACAUGGUUAUCCUUGUUCUUGAGUUUUGCCAUUGACGUUUUCUAAAGCUUUGGCGUAUUAUGAAACUGCUUCCAGUUGUAUAAUUUUAUUUUUGAAACGCAUGCAGUUGGGCCUCUAAAUGUCAGAUUUCUUUAUUAUGUAUGUUAUGUAUAAGUUGCUACAUCCAUUCAACAGCAGAGUUAAAGAUGCAGUAUGUAACUUUGUUAAAACAAAAAAAUAUCUUUGUAAAAGUUAUAUAGUUUUUUUUAUAUAUUUAUGUCACUAUGUUGUGUCAGUAUGUUAUGAGACUGACAAGCUGUGAAAAUAUUGAGCUCCUCUGCCUUUUCUCCAUGUUCCCAGUGCUAACUGGAGAAAUACACUGCUUGGUCAAAAACAAACCAUCUGAUCCAGCAAAAGGGUCUUAGAACUGAUAAAAGUCAGUCAUGUUUUUGUGCACGUAUUUCAAUGGGGUUUGUAUUUCUGCAGAUGGCAGUAGUCGCUCAGGGAGGAAGUGAAGGAGAUCAAUCUUUUUUUCAACAAAUUAUCUGUCUCAUAACAUAUUGUCACAACUUGGUGAUAGAUAUAGAUUUAUUUAAGAAAAGUUAUAUAAUGUAGCUAUAAUCUGUAUACGAGAGAGAAACGAGAGAAAUGAUUGGCAUUUUUUCAGUUUUACAUAUUUGCACAUGGUUUUGAAAUAGCACAUUUAAAAACAACAUAAAUGUAUGUACUGUUCAUGAAAGGCAGAUAAAAUACUAUUUUGAUCGACUUUGAUUGUUUGAAAUUCUAUGAUUACAACAUAGAAGUACUAAAUAAAGAUGUUUAUGUUUAUUCCAGUUCUCUGUGUAAAAUAUCUAGGUGUUUUUACGUGAAUGUGGGUCUUUUAGAUCAAUUUUAGUGAUUUUGAUCAUGUUUCACAUUUUAUUGUCACAUACUGGCGCUGGUCUUGGUCUUGACUCGGUCUCGACUUCCCUCGGUCUUGGU